GUAGAGCACGGCCUGGAGCUGACAAUCCGGAGUUCAUUUCAAUCUAAAAUUGUGAAAACAUGAAGCGAGCGUCGAGAUUCGGAAAGGACGGGUCGAACACGAAUCACGGGACCGGUAGGAAUUCACGAAAGUGCGCCGAUAGCCUGACUUUAAUGAGAUUCGUGAUGAGAAUAAUACGGGCUAUUCGUUGGCACAUUUUACCCCGUACCCGUCGUCAGAAGCAUUAAAUGGACGAUUUCUUUUAAUUAUCCCCACUGGAACCGCUCGUAAAUCUAUCGUUAAUCUACUUUUAAUGUUCGUCUAAUGGUCGAACGAAGACGAACAGACGUGUUUUCGACAAUUUUCGGACACGCCAGUUAACGAAGAACAACGAUCGGUCCUAUUAAAGGGAAGCACCGUGUUCGUGCCGCUUUUGCUUCAAGCGAUCCUGUCUCAAUUACGCAGACUGGCGAAAUACACCUCUUCUCUUUAAAAAUCACCAAUUACUUGUAGAGAGAAAAAAAACAAAAACAAAAAAAAAAAAGAAAACUUGCCCCGUUGCUUCUUUCCCAAGUCUAGACGAAUAUAUCUACGCGAGAUACUCGUAAAAGUUUAUUCUGGCUGUGAUCCAAAAAAUCGAAUAACUAUCUGUGUUAAAAGCGGUGUUUAAAAUCCUGUAUUUCGGUGUGUCUCCCCGAUAUUGAUGUAACAUCUCAUAGCAUUCGUGAAUAUUACCGAGCGAUAUUGUUAAUUGCCUUCCGACAAUUAGCAAUCGAAACGUUGCUCGUUCAAGCGAAAUAAUGACGGAAUCGCCGAAACCAUCAGUGAGCAAUGCUCAGAACCAGACGCAAGAUGAGAAGGUCGAGAAAGCAGAAAGGGCGAUUCUUAUGCAAAUUCAAGAGAUCAACACCCACGUGGCACAAUAUCGUGAUCAGCUGUUAAGCAUUGGGAGACCGCGGGACUGUCCGGAACUGCGGGAGAAAAUUCGGCGAACACGUCGGAACUGUGUAGAAAUGUGCAAGAACACGUCCCAGCUUUUACUGCCACAAGUAGGAAAAACUACUGAGAUCGGUAUACCCGUAGACUGCCCGAAUUUAAUGCUGCUAUUCUACGUGUCUCAACUGUUCCUACGCGAAUUGUCCAAAAGCGAGCAGCUGAUUCGCCAUGUUCCGAUGGACAUGAGCGAGUACGAAAGUCGUAACGGCCCAUCAAAGAUCGGCAACGUGAUCUCGCAGAUACUUCUGUGCAAACAGAUCACCCCGAACUUCUACGUGGAGGAAUUAUGCAGCAUAAGAAAAGAUUCGGACGAAAUGCGAGAAUUGAUCGCUGAACUGCAGGAAUUCAUGCCGCAAUCUGACGAAAAUAUAGAAAAGUACCAGGCUUUACAUCAGAGCGGAAACAGAGGAAACCGUGGCAACGGACGAAGAAUUCAACGAAAUCGAUUGAAUCACAGCAACGAUAGAUCUAAUAGAUCGGUAAGACGCUCGUCCUACUUGCAUGAAGCUCUGAAUCUGUUUUGUUGCACUGCGAGGACCAGUUACGUUUAAAUCAACGCUGGAAGGAGCAAAGAUUUCGUUCGCUUACGUGUUUAUCGUUAACGAAAAAAAAAAAUAUGGAUCCUUUGAACCUUCUGGUGUUAAUCGAUUUCAUUUCGCCGGCAUUCUAAGAGACUGCCAGCGUUUCGCUUUCGAGUAAGUCUGAGUUGAUCACUGAGUUGUUCAACAAGCAUUCUUAUCGUUCUAUACACCGGGCCAAUUUUAACCCAUAGACUGGCUGAAGUUACCAAUCGAUUAGGUUCUUACCACCAGUUCGUAAAUGAAACGGUAACCGAAUAACCGAGAUAUAAUUUGAAUAAUAGUUGUGGUAACAAUGGUUUAUUUGAAUAAUAGAAACUCGUGUUUCCAGACAAAUGGAUGGAAGCACGAAAUCUGACUAUUAUGUUUCGUCCUGUACACGAAUGUGCGUAUAAUUAAACACUCAGCGAUGGUGUUGAUAAGAAAAAUUUAAUAAGAGGUUCGAUCAUUCGUUUUACAAAAGUUUCAUUUGAUUAAACGAAGUCAUUGCCGGUCUAAGGAUUAAAUAUCCGUGAAGAAUCUUGGAUUCCACUAGUCUGGUAGACGAUAAGAACCUGAUACAAGCUUUAUUUAGUUAAUAAGAUACAGAUCUAUAAUUAUAGAUAUACAUAUACAUAUUCUGCGAAGAUAUUUUUUUAAAGGAGCUUCAUUUACAGAGGAAUUGUUUGAACCGAGUAUGAACCGAAUUAAAAAUACGAUCAUAAUCGUAUCGAUGAUCGACUAAUCAGUUUCUUGGAAAAAUAGAUGUUAAAUGUAUGUAUAUCGCUCUUUGAUCUGCACCGAUUAUCAAUCAAUGGUAUUUAAUGGAUAAAAAUAUCAAAAUUGCAAAAAAAAAAAAAAACAGCCCCCUUCUAAAUGUUGUACGAUCUGGUCGCGUACUAACGCGAUCAUACCACGCGUGUUCUUAUAUAGGAUCUACCGAGGCACGAAUUUUUCCGAACGUGCACUCGUGACUAUUCGUGUCCUACCCCGCGAUAUUUGAAUUUGAAAUUAUUAAAAUCUCUGUGGAAAAUGAUGGGUACAGAUGAAGAACGAGCAUAAAUAUUUUGCUGACAGUGUACAUUGUACAGAAUGCUAGAGAAAUGUGUCAACUCGGAAAGUAGAAAGAGAAAUGUCGAUCAAAUUAGACGUUAAUGAAUCCAAUAGAGGACCAAAUUGAACCACGCGCCCAGCUCGUUUGUCAUAAAACUGACGCGAGAGAAUUAUUUUAACUAUGAAAUUUUCAUGUUAAUUAAACCUUGACAGAAAUAUCCUUUGUUACUAUUGUUCUAUUAUCGUUCACGUGUUAAUUAACAAAGAGAAGUAAUUAUAAAAGUCACUCUUAUGGUAAACGAGCAAUGCGCAUAUAUACACGGUUUGUUUUAAUGUUAAAUACAUAUAUUAUUGUAUGAAUGUUUUGAAGAAAAAAAAAAAGAUAUACUUAUGAAUGUAUUCACAUAAAUGUAUAUGGUGUUAGUUUUAUGUCCAUGCAUAACACUAAUACUCAGAAAAUACUAAUUGUGGUUACUAACCUAUUAUUCAUGAUAUUAACAAUAAAUCUUGUAUGUAUGUACACAUUUGUGCAUCCACAAAUACGACAAAAUGAUUAGCUUCUUAAAUUACGUAGUAUUGGUUACGACAUUAUAUUAACGUUAAUUAGAAUGAAAGAAGUAAAUUAAUUAAUUAUAAAAUAAUUAACGACCAAAAAAUGAGAGAAAAGUAUAACUUUGUGAAAUUUCUUCGUGGUAUAAAUUUUGUAUACGUUGCGUUCAAUUUAUUUGUCGUAUUAAAUAGAAUGAUUCAAAGAUAAAUCAAAUGUAGUGAAUAAAUAAUAGAAGAGAUAUCUACAUAUAAAACUGUCAGCUGUGUCAUAUUAACCAAGGACGGAUAACAGGAAACUACACAUAUCGAUUGAUAAUCUAAUUGAUAUUGCACAAAAUAGCAUGAAAGAUAAUAUAUAUGUUAUCAAUGUGUGUAAUCCUAAACGUACUGUCCAUAUAAUAAAUGUUUCUGCAUCUAAUUAAAUUGGCGGUACGAAAAUACUAAGGAUUGUUCAUCCAACAUCUUUACCGAUGAAAAGUAUAAUUGUAAACUUCACCACGUUUGAAAAUUAAUAAAUGGAUCGCUAUAUGUUGAAAUCUCAUGUUGAAUUUUGAUGUUCUAAGAAAUGUUUA